CCGUGCCCCAUGAGCCGGCCAGCCAUUGGGAGGCGCGCCACGACCACCAAGUCUCCCCUCCUUAAUACCCCCUCGCUUCGCGUCCUUAACCCGCACUUUCCGCUUGAACAAGAGUCUUCGAUAUUCUCUUACAGUUCACGGGCGGGAGCUUACGCUUAUAAGACCUUUCAGACUCUUCACUAUGUCGUCGGCCAAGCCAGCACCCGCGAAUCCUCGCUCGAAACGCGUUCUCAUCACGACUCAUGCCUUUCCUCGAUCUCCUUCCCCCGUCUCUCGACGCUACUCAGCCGACCCUUCGCUGUAUCCGCAGACUCCCUCAUUUGCUCUCUACGCGUCUUCUCCCCCGGGGCUUGUGUCUGAGGCCUUGCCUCCGAGCAUACAAGCAUCUCUUAUACAAGUCGGUAUGAAAGUGCGCAAGUCUGUUAGUGACGGCUACAAGCGGACCCACUACGAUGCGCAAGGGGCUAAAGCCCAGUCUCAGUCAGAGAUUGCCAGACGUGGAAAUAGCGACUCUGCUCUGCUUGUCAAUCCUUACGCUCAACGUUCAAACAUGUCAGCCAAAAAGCGUGCCAGGGAUAUCGAUGACCUGGACGAUGCUGUGCUCACAGAUGAGGAUGAGCCUGAGAGUGAGGAGACCGCGAAUGAUGAUGGCCUGUUGGACCGAGAGCUUGAUGAUUUUGCUGACGCUCCGUUCCUUGUGCCUAGAGAGUCAUUGAUGAUGGAUGUUGACUCUUAGGGUCUCUGCUAUAUCUACGACGGUCUACUACGGCUGUAUUUUACGUGUUUAUAUGUCUUGUUUUGUGGAGUUUGGUAAAUGCUGUACUUUUCGGGUUAGGUGUACAUGUGAAUGUUAUAUAAUUUAUUACUGUACAAAACAGUUCUAUUGCUGGGCUAUCGCCGGCUUGCAGGAGGUCGGAUUCUGCUCUAUCUUUCUUAGAUAACAGCGGACGGCUCCAAUAUUUCUUUAUCAGUACUAUUACUAGUAAACCCAUAAAUCUACAUUCAAAUCAAUUGCCGCACACGACGGCGGUAUGGCGUUCUGCUGCCGUUCUGAACACGAAAGAGGGCCAUCUUACUCGAGAAUUAGAGUU